CACAUGUUAGUUAGCUAGGACUCUAUAAUCUAACGAGAAUCCGCUUUAUUAUUGAAUAAUUGGAUAUAUAGAUUGUAGUAGAACUUUUUUCAACAAAAAUGAUAGGUGCUGGUGCUGGCAGAUAAACAAAUUAUGUCGAUCUGUCGUCUGACCUGUGACCGUUCUUUGAAACGUUGACAUUGGCAUCAACGAAUCGCUUGCCAUCAACCUAAAAUAGAAGAGUUAUCAUAUAAUCAAAGGAGUUAUCCAAUAAAGCUUUCGAUACUUACGAAAAUAAUUUGCAUAAUCUCUUCAGUUACCACAAUGGUUAAAAGUGGAAGUAUAUCCAACACUGCUGCGCAAAAUACAUCGACGUACACAGAGCUCCAAUCUCAAUAUGCUCUGAGUGAGGGUACUUCUAGCAAGACUGUGAAAAUCACUAGCGUCUUAGACAAGCGUCUAGUAUACCGAGUAAUUGUCAACGGAGUCGAUGUCACUCCUGACGACAUCAACGACCCAUCGUUCGUAACCUUGGAUGAAACGUUCACGCAUGCUGCGUAUGACACAAAAAUUCGAGCUAAAAGCGAAACCGGUAUUAAAUACACCAGAUCCAAAUCCAGAACAGGUCUCGAAGGUGCUAAAGUUUACGCCACUACUAUAAAUCUGGAUGACAUAGAAAUCGAUCACACACUCAAUACUGAAGAGGGGAUAGACUAUGAUGACGGCAACCUAUCCCUGGCGCCUUCGGCAUACUAUUUACCAAAAAUAUACCCGCCUACAUCUUACCCCCCAGAAAUACAGGUCACGCUUAAGGAAACUGAAACAGUUUUCUUAUUUGCAUUACAAAGCUCAUCGUUUGAAAAAGGAAGCGUUGAAGGAACACAAGUUGAAGAAGAAAAUACUUACUAUGAGUACAUUACUGUUGGGAAAGGAAGGAAUAGAAAAAUGGUUGGUCAAGAAACCCAAACCAAAGAAACUAUUAAGCAGACCAGACAUACACUCGCCACGAGACCGGAGAAAAAGAAUGCCACAGCAUUCGCCUCCGUGUGGGACAUGCACGACACUUACGCACAAAUUCAAAAAGCUCUAGAAGAGGAGGAAGAAGAUGAAAUGGUUAUGUACCAAUCCGCUGCCCCUCAUUUGUUACGAAAGAAAAGGAAGAAAGUCAGUGACACAAGUUCAAGUAUCGGUAAAACCUUCAAAGAGAUUGCGGCGACUUCGCAGUAUAUGGAUGCGGUGCUUAUAAUGGAACGAGUACUGGCAUCGUUGACUUUUGCUGCUGCUCAGAAGAAAUUCCGGGGACUCGUGACUGUCGAUCCUCUGUCAAUGGAUUUAGUAUAUAUUUACACAUUGACCGCUUUGUGGACUUACGAAUGCGAAGAGACUCUUAACAAACCAAUUACAUGUAUAUGUUUCAAUCCAAAAUAUCUUAAUAUGUGUGCAAUAUCCCAUGGAAAGUUCGGGUUUGCAGAUGUAUGUAAAGGCAUAGUAUGUAUUUGGUGUACCAAAAAUCCACGGAAACCGGAACGACUUUAUAACUUUGAAGUACCUGUUACAUCCCUUGGCUUCUCUCAAACCAAUCCUAAUUGGUUAGCCUGUGGGUUUAGCAACGGUGAUGUGAUAAUAUUAGAUAUUCAGUCGUACGCUCCCAAAAUUAUAGCGAGGAGCAAACGUGACACGAAUCCCUGCUUCGAACCAAUAUGGGUAACGAGAUGGCACAACAUCGACAAAGACAACGAGUGCGUAAUGACGACGUGUCAGGACGGGAGGAUCCGCAGGCUGCAGAGCACGAAAACUCACGAGUUUAUUAGUUCACCCAUGAUGCGAAUUUGUACUGUCGAAGGAAAGCUGACGGGACUGGAAACUACGAAGCCAUGUUUGAAGGUGGACAUUCCUAUCACUCGGUACCCCGCUGUGUUGUGCAUGAUAUGGCAUCCGACGAUAGAUCACUGCUACCUGGUCGGCACUGACGAGGGCUGCAUACACAGAUGUUCUACCCAUUAUAUGAACCAGCAUAUGGACGUGUUUCGCGCUCACGAAGGACCAGUCAAUGGUAUGUGCAUUUCUCCAUUCAUGCCUCAACUACUAGCGUCCUGUGGGGCUGAUAGUGCUAUUCGUCUUUGGAUCGACGGAAUGGAUGAUUUUAUAAUGACGUUGACUUGCCAAAGUGCCGUGAAUGGGAUAGCUUUUUGUCCAAUUAAUUCUACUAUUCUUCUCUCUACGAGUGGAAACACGUUGUCAGUUUGGGAUCUCCGGCGAAAGAUUCAUAUGCCGUGUGCUGAGUAUACUUUUCCUGGGAAUGUCACUCUGAUUUUCGUAGACUUUGCAGCGUCCGGGCAUAACGUGUUUGUUGGAGACACGUUAGGUAGACUGCACACGUUUCAUUUAGAAGAUACACCGAUACCGCCGUUUGACCAGAAAAAGAUGUUAAACCAAGCGAUAAGAAAAGCUCUUUGUACCAGACCACUUAUGCUGAAACAGCUUGAUAAACUUCGUCGAUUUAGAAAGAACAAGGCUAAGGCAAUGUAAAAAGUAAAACUGUGUGUACUGCAUAGGAUAGUUCUAGUUUUAGUUUCAAUGUUAUUAU